AUGCCAUCCUUCAAUCAGAGCAUUUUCCACCCUGCAGUCUUCUUUCUUACUGGCAUCCCUGGCUUUGAAACUUACCAUGCCUGGCUCUCCAUCCCUUUUUGUUGUCUCUAUGCCAUUGCCAUCUCUGGGAAUGGCAUGAUCCUGUUUGUGAUCUUCACUGAGUCGAGCCUCCAUGAACCCAUGUACUAUUUCCUCUCCAUGCUAUCUUUCACGGACCUAGGACUAUGCCUUUCCACAUUGGUCACCAUGCUGGGUAUUUUCUGGUUCAAUGCUCAAGAAAUUAGUUUUGAUGCCUGCAUUGGUCAAAUGUUCUUUAUCCAUGGUUUCACAUUCAUGGAGUCCUCAGUACUCCUGGCGAUGGCCUUUGAUCGCUUCACUGCCAUCUGUAACCCACUGAGAUAUGCCACAAUCUUAACCAAUUCAAGGAUCAUCAAAGUGGGCUUUGCCAUUGUUAUUAGGGGGACAACGGCUCUAGUGCCUUUACUCCUGCUCCUAAAGCGUCUGUCUUUCUGCCAUGGCCAUGUUCUGCACCAUUCAUAUUGUUUCCACCCUGAUGUGAUGACGCUUUCAUGCACAGACACCAAGAUCAACAGUGCAUUUGGUUUGGCCAUUGUCAUAUCAACUGCUGGCCUAGACUCUGUGUUUAUCCUCCUUUCCUAUGUUCUGAUCAUCCACUCUGUGCUCAACAUGGCCUCCCCAGAGGAGCGGAAAAAGGUCUUUGGUACCUGUGUCUCACACAUAAGUGCUGUUGCCAUCUUCUACAUUCCCAUGAUCAGCUUGUCACUGGUGCAUAGAUUUGGGAAGCAAGCCCCUCCCCUUGUGCACACUCUCAUUGCCAAUGUUUAUCUGCUCAUCCCUCCUGUGAUGAAUCCCAUAAUCUACAGUGUGAAAACCAAGCAAAUUCGUAAGGCAGUGCUCAAAAUAUUCCUUUCUAAGAUGAUUUAG